CGUCUGACAUCACCUCUGAACCUAACCUCUCUCGUUUUGUAAUCCUCCCCGAUUGCGAAUUUCUCAAUGCGUAAUCAGUCUCUUCACCACCCACGCAACCUCGCCGUCGUCGACCAAAUCAGCAGCGGCCUGGCCCGGCCUCGCGUGCCACGACCAGGUCCAUGUCCAACGCAGCAGAAGCAGGCGCUCCAUUUCCUUCUCUAGGCAAGUAGAAGCAGACGCAGCGCUCCCAUUCCUUGUCCGCGCAAGCAGCACGCCGGUGCACCUGAUCCCUCAGAGCGCCGCCAUGUCGUCGUCGCCGUCCUCCCUGUACAAGCAGCUGGGCCUGGGCGCCGCCGGCUCGCCGGUGAACGCGUCCCACCUCCUCAUGCUCGUCCUCGGCGCCGGCUUCCUCGCCUUCACCGUCUUCGUCGUCCACCCCAACGACUUCCGCCUCCAGUCCUUCUUCUCCGGCGCCUGCCCCGGCUCCCCGCCCCACGACGUCCUCUCGCCGGUCAACGCCACGCCCAAGGCCACCACGCCGGCCAAGCACGCCGACGCCACCACGCCGGUCAAGGCGCACCCCGGAGUGCGCGUGCUGAUCGGCAUCCAGACGAUGCCGGGCAAGUACGAACGGCGGCACCUGCUGCGGACGGUGUACGCGCUGCAGCUCCAGGAGCACCCCGCCCUGGCCGGCGCCGUGGACGUGCGCUUCGUCUUCUGCAACGUCACCUCCGCCGUCGACGCCGUGCUGGUGGCGCUGGAGAUCAUGCGCUACGGCGACGUCAUCGUGCUCGACUGCGCCGAGAACAUGGACGGCGGCAAGACGUACGACUUCUUCGCCGCCGCCGCCCGCGCCUUCCCCGACGGCGCCUACGACUACGUGAUGAAGGCCGACGACGACACGUACCUGCGGCUCCCGGCGCUGGCGGCGUGGGUGGCCGGCGCGGCGCGGGAGGACGCGUACCUGGGCCUGCAGAUGCCGUGCGACCGCGAAAACUUCUACCCGUUCCCGCCCUUCAUGUCCGGCAUGGGGUACGCGCUCUCGUGGGACCUGGUGCGCUGGGUGGCGCGGUCGGAGGUGAGCCGCCGGGACCGCGUCGGGCCGGAGGACAUGUGGACGGGGCGGUGGCUCAACGUCGCCGGCAAGGCCAAGAACCGCUACGACGGCGCCCCCAGGAUGUACAACUACCUGGGGAGCUCCCCGGCCAACUGCUUCCGGCGCGGCUUCCGCCCGGACACCAUCGCCGUGCACAUGCUCAAGGAUGCCGGCCGGUGGGCGGAGACGCUCGCCUACUUCAACGCCACCGCCGCGCUGCCGCCGUCCGCCCUCUACCACCUGCCUUGAUCGAUUGAAAUGGUCCUCGUUUUGCUUCUUGGCUCGACCCGGUCGGCCGGGCCGGGCUACAGCAGUACGUCUGCGUUGAAUUUGUUCGGGUGGUGGUAGUUGGAUAAGAAGAGUAUAAUUUGACAUGUCCAUUUGUGCAUCAUACAUACUUUCAUGGUACUUGUCCAGUGCGUGUAUUUCAUUCAUAUUACAGUUUCUU